GAGUAAUUUGAGUUGUUGUUAUUAGUAAAUCCGGCGGUAAAACGAGAAGAAAAUAACUUUCUCAGUCAAAACUUAAUAAAAUAUUUAACUGCUUUAGAUGCAUCUCCGAUUUUAAAUUAAUUUUCAUACAAUGGCGUUCAAUUAUGUUGUUACUGCGCAUAAACCUACCAGUGUGGGGGCAUGUGUCACUGGCAACUUUACCUCACCUAAUGACUUGAAUUUAAUUCUUGCAAAGAACACUCGCCUGGAAAUAUACCUAGUCACUCCAGAAGGAUUAAGACCCAUGAAAGAAAUAGGAAUUUAUGGGCGGAUUAGUGUUAUGAAACUCUAUCGUCCUCCAGGAGAAAAGAAGGAUUUCUUGUUUUUCUUAACUCAAAAGUACAAUGCUGCAAUUCUAGAAUGCAUUCAAGAAGGAGAAAAUAUGGAAAUAGUAACUCGAGCUCAUGGAAAUGUUGCAGAUGCUAUUGCCCGUCCAUCAGAAACUGGUAGCAUAGGUAUUAUUGAUCCUCUGUGCAAAAUGAUUGGACUUCGUCUGUAUGAUGGACUCUUCAAAAUAAUUCCUUUGGACAAAGAUAUAAAGGAACUAAAGGCUUUUAAUGUAAGGAUGGAAGAGUUACAUGUUCAUGACAUUCAGUUUUUAUAUGGCUGUGCCAACCCAACUGUUGUGCUUGUUCAUCAGGAUGCCCAAGCCCGUCAUGUAAGCACUUAUGAAAUUUCAAUGAGAGACAAGGAGUUUUCAAAAGGUCCUUGGCAGCAAAACAAUGUGGAAGUUGAAGCAACUACUUUGAUUGCUGUUCCUGAACCAUUUUGUGGAGCUAUUGUCAUUGGCCAAGAGUCCAUCACAUAUUAUCAUGGAGAUAAACAUAUAGCAAUUGCACCACCUCUGAUUAAACAAAGUGUCAUUAAUUGUUAUUGCAAAGUAGACCAAAAUGGUUCUCGUUAUCUUCUUGGAAAUAUGUCUGGCAAGUUAUUUAUGCUUCUACUGGAAAGAGAGGAAAAAAUGGAUGGCCGCAUGAUUGUCAGAGAUUUGAAACUGGAGUUUUUAGGGGAAAUAACUAUACCAGAAUGCAUAACUUACUUGGACAAUGGUGUAGUUUAUAUUGGAUCAAGAUUAGGAGACUCUCAGCUGAUAAAACUUAAUGUUCAUGCAAAUGAAAAUGGUUCUUUUGCUGAAGUGAUGGAAACAUUUACCAAUUUAGGACCAAUUGUGGAUAUGUGUGUUGUUGAUUUAGAAAGGCAAGGUCAAGGACAACUUGUAACUUGCUCAGGUGCUUAUAAGGAGGGCUCACUGCGCAUUAUUCGAAAUGGAAUUGGCAUUCAUGAACAUGCAAGUAUUGAUCUUCCAGGUGUUAAAGGAAUGUGGCCUUUGAAAGUAGAUUCUCAAGAUUUUGAUGAUACUCUUAUUUUGUCUUUUGUGGGACAAACAAGGGUUUUAGCUCUUAGCGGUGAAGAAGUGGAAGAAACAAGUGUUGAAGGCUUUGAUAUUAGUCAACAGACAUUUUUAUGUGCAAAUGUACGAUUUGAUCAAAUAAUACAGGUUACUGCAACAUCAGUGCGCCUUAUUGAUCGACCUACCAAGCAGCUGCUUAGCCAGUGGAAUCCCCCACCUAAUCAAAUCAUAUGUGUAGUGUCCGCUAAUAUGUCUCAAUUAGUGUGUGCAAUAAGAAAUGAGUUGUAUUAUUUUGAAAUUUUUGAAAAAGAAAUUAGACCGUCAGGGCAUACAGUUAUGGAUUAUGAAGUAGCUUGCUUGGACAUAAACCCAUUGUUUUCAUCAGAACUUACCCAGAUAUGUGCAGUAGGUCUGUGGACAGAUAUCUCUGUGAGAAUAUUAAAUCUUCCAUCACUUACUGAAUAUCAUAAAGAAAUGCUGGGUGGAGACAUCAUACCUAGAAGCAUUCUGACAACUACUUUUGAGAACAUGCAUUACUUACUUUGUGCUCUCGGAGAUGGUUCUUUAUUUUAUUUUUCAAUAAAUCCUGAAAGCGGCCAUUUGUCUGAUAAGAAAAAAGUCACUCUAGGGACACAACCUACUGUACUUAAGACUUUCCGUUCUAUGGCUACAACAAAUGUUUUUGCUUGUUCAGAUAGACCUACUGUAAUUUAUUCUAGUAAUCAUAAGCUUGUGUUCUCCAAUGUAAAUUUAAAGGAAGUCAGUCAUAUGUGUCCGCUGAAUUCUGAGGGUUAUCCCGAUAGCUUAGCCCUUGCUAAUGACAAUACUUUAUUAAUUGGCACAAUCGAUGAAAUUCAGAAACUUCAUAUUCGAACAGUUCCUUUAGGAGAAUCUCCUAGGAGAAUAUGUUACCAGGAUGAAACUCAAACAUUUGCUGUGAUAACAUCUAGAAUAGAUUUUCAUGAUAGUUGUGGAUUGACACCUACAAGGCGCAGUGCAAGUACACAAGCUCAAAAUAUAACUACCAGCAAUAGUUCAAAUUCAAUGCUUAAGAUAACCACCAAUCAAAACCAGUCUGGCUCCAGUGCAGAAGAAUGUGGACAAGAAGUAGAUGUAAACAAUUUAUUAAUUAUUGAUCAGCAUACAUUUGAAGUUCUGCAUGCUCAUCAGUUUUUACCAAAUGAAUUUGCUCUCAGCAUAGUUUCUACCAAGUUAGAAGAAGAUCCAAAUGUAUACUACAUCGUUGGUACAGCUAUUGUAAAUGCUGACGAUUCUGAACCAAAACAAGGAAGAUUUGUCAUUUUCUUAUGGAAAGAUGGAAAAUUACAACAAGUAGCUGAGAAAGAGCUUAAAGGUGCCCCCUAUACAAUUGUGGAAUUCAAUGGAAAACUUUUAGCUGCAAUAAAUAGUACAGUUCGUUUGUAUGAAUGGACACUUGAAAAAGAAUUGCACAAUGAAUGCAGUUAUUUCAACAAUAUUAUAGCUUUAUUUCUCAAAACGAAAGGAGAUUUUAUUUUAGUGGGUGAUAUUAUGCGGUCAAUGGCCCUGCUUGUAUAUAAGCCCUUAGAAGGAAGUUUUGAAGAGAUUGCUCGGGAUCAUCAACCUAAUUGGAUGACUUCUAUUGAAAUUCUUGAUGAUGAUACAGUCCUUGGAGCGGAAAAUUCUUUUAAUCUUUUUGUUUGCCAAAAAGAUAGUGCGGCUGCAACUGAUGAAGAACGACAACAUUUACAGGAAAUAGGUCAUUUUCACCUUGGAGAAAUGGUCAAUGUCUUUCGCCAUGGGUCUCUUGUGAUGCAUCAUCCCGGUGAGAUCUCCACGCCUACGCAGGGAUCUGUAUUAUAUGGCACCGUUAAUGGAGCUAUUGGCUUAGUUACUCAGCUGCCAGAAGAAUAUUACAACUUUUUGAAAGAGGUGGAGGGUAAACUAACAAGAGUUAUAAAAUCUGUUGGAAAAAUCAAUCACUCUUUUUAUCGUUCAUUUUCAACUGAAAGAAAACAAGAAGCUGGAACUGGAUUCAUUGAUGGUGAUUUGAUUGAGAGUUUCUUAGAUCUUAAUAGAGAUCAAAUGGAAAAAGUUGUUGAAGGAAUUCAAUUUGAUGAUGGAUCUGGGAUGAAAAGAGAUUCUACUGUAGAUGAUCUAGUGAAAAUAGUUGAAGAAUUGACAAGAAUCCACUAAAUGUGCUUUUAUUUAUUUUAAAUAAUUCUUGUAAAAAAACAAAGCAAAGAAAAACGCCAUUUUUGUAUAUAGAUCAUUAAAAUAAUGGAUAUUUUUCCAUUUGAAAUGU